AUGCCUCUCAACAUUCUCGACAUGGUUUGCACCAUUAUCUGUCUGGAGCAGAAAUUUGAGAAAAUCAGCAAAAGCAACCGGCCUUCCGUUCACGAAGUUAAAAAGUCAAGGAGACAACGUCUACAAUAUGUUUCUUACGAAUCAAAGCCAGUAACACACAAACCUCAGACUCAAGAAUUUCCACCGGAGUACUUCCAAGAUGCAGAGCUCCCUGAUGACUCCAUGAAUAUCAACGAGAUCGGAAAAAUGUUUGACAUUAGAGUAAACGACGAUCCACAGAAGACUCUAGAAGAACCAGAAGAAGAAUACGAAUGCCCAGACAAUCAUUAUGGAUGCACAAAUACAUCAUCGAGUUCGAAAUAG